GAAGGCAGCUUGCGCCAUCUUCUUAGAGAGAGAGAAAGAGAUCAACGAUGGAGUUGCCGUCCUUCCAUCACCACCACCACCGGCAGCAGCAGCAACAACCUAGAUACGCACCUCCUCCCCAUGGUCCGCCUCUUCCUCCGCCGCCGACCUAUUUCAACGAGCCUCAACACUACCCUCAACAUCGCCCCCUUCCGCCGCCACCGCCUUUUUCCCACACACCUCCUCCGUCAUACAAUUCCCAGCAAUCCCAGUUCACCUUCGUCAAUCAUGGAAACCAUGGGAUGGUUGAAGACAAUAAACAUAGACCUCAAUUCGAUGAAUAUCAUCGAAACCCUUCGCCAUCUAGGGUUUCGAAUCGCAAUAUGUUGGAUGAUAAUCGGUCACGCUGUUAUAUACCAGAAUUUCAGAAUAGGGUUUCUGAUUACCGUUCCGAUACAUGGUCGGACCCACACCCACACCCACCCAGAGUUGCGGCACCGGAAAGUCGUCGACAAGUCAGGUUCGAGCGAGAAAAAGAUCCUCGUCACUGUCAAACGCAGGUAUCUUCUUAUCGACCAUCUGAUAAUCGUAGGCUUGAUAUAGAAGGUGACCUUAGGUUUGGAGAUGAGUUUCAAUCUAAUCAUUCAGAAAGGGUUUUACUGGGUCGAAUUGAUAGCCAUGGUGGUGAUCGUAAAAAUGAUUUCCAACGUAUUCUUAAUGAUUAUGUUUCUGAUUUCAGCCAUGGUUCAAGAAGUUCUCUAUAUAGGGAGUCACAUAUGGGUUCUAACUCUAGAUUGUCUGCACCAAAGGAUUUUGUAACAGAUUUGGAAAAUUACCAUCCCUUUGAUAGUUAUUCGAUGAAUAGUGACAGAUUUCAGCGUGAUAGAAAUGAUAGUAGAGAUUGGAAUGAUGUUAGGUCCAAUUUUCGUGAUUUGCCCGGUCUUCAUGAUGAGGUACGGAAUCAGUUUGACGCUGAUGAUGAUGUUAACAUUGCUCCCUCUAGACGUGGAUAUCAUAGGUAUCCAUCUGGUAAAUCCAAUUAUAGAGGGAACAGGGAAGGUAGCCAAGAUUUUCUUCAUAUUCCCCAGAAGAAAAUUCAAAAGAAGAGUGCAUUACAGAGACUUCAGAGUGGUAAGCCUAGUAAUAAGGAUAGAAACAAUGAACCCCAUUUCUCUUUUGCCCAAUCAGUGGAAGCAGAGCCAAAAAAUUUACGACUAAGAAGUGUCAUUUCCUAUCCUGAAAAGAGAACUGAAGAAGAUAGAAAGGGAAGCAAGGUAGAACUGGAUGUUUCAUUUAAAUCUAACGGAUUAAUAGCCAAGGCUAUUGUGCCUACAUCAAGGGAACACGAAUCUCAGGUGAACACAAGACUAAGAAAUAGGAAGUUAGGGGAACUGGAGACUCCAUCCAAGGACCUCAGUAAUUCAUCGGAUAGCACUGUGAAGUUGGAUUCAAAAAAUUUGGAUGCGAAGGGAGUCGGUUCUGGUUGUGGAUUUGCACAGGACAACGAUAUAAUACCAUCAAGUCCUCAAAGGGCUCGUCAUGCCAUUGAUUCAGACACAAGUCCUCGUUUGGCUGAUAGCAAGGUCACUAGGCCACUUUCUCAUGUGUCAGACUCAGAAGUAUCUAAAAUGGAUUCAGUGCCUAUUACGUCGGGUAGUUCCAGAAAUUCCGUGUCUGAAGAUUCUCUUUGUGAUGUAAUUUUAGGUGAGGCAAAUAACUUUUCAGCUUCUGGUUCCAUGCAUGGCACUGUUUUGCAAUCUUCUUCUGAUCAAAUCACUUCAUUGCUUGAUAAUAAGUUGAUGGAAUCUCCUCGUGCUUUAUUAGCAAAGUUGAAUGGAGUUCACCUUGAUUCUAGCAAAGUAUCUAUACCUAAUAUUGAGGCACGUGCAAAUACAAAUAUAUUUGAUCCUCUUGUGGCUUCAUCUUAUUGUGUAGAAAAUGAAUGUGAUCUGCACAACUUAAAUGUUAGAAUGUCUGGAUCUAUUGAUUCUUUUGCUAGCACUGAUUCAUACAAGGAUCCAAUUAAACUGCAGCUUAGGGAUCCUGAUAGCCUUAUAAUGGAUGACAUUGAUCAACAAUCAUGCGUGGAUAAGCCCUCUGUAUCCCCUAAAUCAAUGGGAGGCGAAUCUGAUUCCCAUUUAUCAUAUCCUGCAAGCUUUGAUCACAAUACACAUGCUGUGAAUAACCUUCUUUCUAAUGAAUCUUCUCCAGCUGAUCCUACAUUUAAUCAGACUUCUAUUUUGCUAGAGAAUAUCCUUGUUGAUGAAGAUCAAAGGCUUUCCAUUUCUCUAACUAAAGACAGUGAUAUUGAACACCUGGAUUCUUCAUAUCACAUUGACAUCAAUGAAACUGUAGCUGAUGCUGCAGGAUCUAACAAUACUGUAACCGAUUUGCUGGCCUCUGAAAAUGGGAAAACUGAAUCUCAAAUGGAUCUUGUUUCUAAUCUAGCUCAGACUGAUAGUAACAAUGAUGAGUCAAGUCAAGAAGAGGCCACUUUGUUGCUUCAGAAUAGUCUCAAUGAAGGACCCACGGUAACUUCAGCAACUGACAAUCUAAACGUUAAUCCUGUUAAGAAACAGCAUAAGAAGAGGAAAAUUGAGGAUUCUCAGAUGGAUUUGAUAAAGUCAACCAGUGAUGAUGUUACUCUGAAUUUGGGUUGCAGUUUACAUCAAGAAGAGGAGAAUUCCAGUUCCUACACUGGUCUAACAGGAACUUCUCCCAGGUGUAGGAAGAAGAGAUAUAUCGGUGCAAAUGUUUCAAGCUCUCCAACACUUCCUUCGAUUCAAGGAUCUCCCAGCUGCACAGACAUCCAUAUACCUAAUGAGGAAUUGACCUUAGUCUCUGAUAAAUUCUAUAUUGAGAAAGGAGAAGAAGUUACUGAAUUUAACAUCAACACAUUGGCCUCUUCUGGUCUUCCUUGUUCAGAUUCCUCAGUGCUUGUGGAUAAUGAAAUGGGAAAUUAUUCACUUGAUCUGGCAAGAGAGGAUGUCCUUAUUGAUUCAAAACCUGAACCAGAAUUAGCUCAGGUAAAAGAUCCUGAGGACCAUAACAAUGUUGAGCAUCCCCUAAAAUUUGCUACAAAUAACAGCUGGCAAAACAUUGCUUCCUUGCUUCAGGUGGAGAUUACUCUUGAAGCAGAGACUACUCUUCAGAGCAACCCUUUCGAUGCUCCUGGCCAGGACAAAGAUCAUAGACGACAAUUUGCAGAUAUGGAGCGAGACAGCAUUUUACCUAAGAAAGAUGGCUUAUCUUCUGUUUCAAACUCUACAUCUCAAUAUUCUGAUAGAGUUGAUCCUUCUACCGUCAAUUCUCAUGAGAUAGUGAACUGUGUAAUGAAUGUACUCCCUAAUGGCGCAUCUCUCGACACCUUGUCCACAGAUGAGGAAUCACACAUGGUGGAUAAAAACUAUGGGUUUGAAAAUACAGAUUUUGAGAAGCCUGUUUCUGAAAGUAGGACUCCUUUGGGUUCUUUUGAUAAAUCUCCAAGUACUAGUACAUGCAACCAGAAACCAGGUCAGACAAGGGCAAGUUUGCAUACAGAUACUGCUAAGACAGUGCCUUCUCUUCUGCAAUGCAAUCCAAGGGGCACAACUCUAAGAAAUAGUCAUCCGAGUGUUUCAGUUCCUAGAGUUUUUCCCACUUAUUCGAACAUAAGGAAGGCAGCUCCCCUAGACAAUAAGGCAAAACCUCGAACAUGGCAUCGAACUGAGAAAGCUCCUUCCUUACCUGUCCACGGAAAGAACAACUUGAAUAUUGUUUCCUUGCAAAAGAAAUUGUCUACAAGUAUUGAAAAUGUCCAGAAUGCUUAUGUUCGGAAGGGCAACAGUCUUCUGAGAAAACCUUCUACGGUUGCUGGAUCGGCUAAUUCUGUGAGCUCAUCUGUCUAUCGUCUGAAUUCCUUGGUUCAAGAUGGGAUAAAAAAUAAGGCUGGACUAGACAACAAAGUAAAUGUUGUUAACUCAUUGAAAUACUCGAGAUCAGAACUUGUUGAAAAGGUAAAGACUCCACCAUUACCAAACACAAGUAAAUUAUUUGAUUGUAGAAGUAUCUCACAAGAUUCAUCAUCUUUGCUUGUGAUGAAUCCUCCUAUGGAAACUUCUUCUCAAUCCAUGCUUGGGAAUAUGGAAUGCAUAGAAAAUGCGGAUGUUCUGAAUACUUCUGUGGGUGGUCCUAGUUCUUCACAAACCCCUGAAGACCAAACUUGUGUGAUUCAAAGUCAUAUAGUUGAAGACAAUGAAAGCUCAAAAAAUGGGACUGGAAGGAAGAUAGUAUAUGUGAAAAACAAAUCAAAUCAAUUAGUUGCAUCAUCUGCUAGCGAACCAUCUGUUCAGAAUUCAGAGCAGACUGAUGGUUAUGUAAAGCUGAAGAGAAAUCAGCUCAUCAGAAAGCCACUUGAAGGUCAUGCACUGCAAGAUGUAGUCACACUUAAUGCUUCUUCCACUGGGACUAGGCCUAUUGCCAAUACUUCUACCAAGAGGCCAUCUGUUAAAGGUAUAAGAAAGACUUACAGACGUUCUAAAGGAUCCCUGGUGUGGACGUUAAACAAUCCAAACUCAUCAAAGAAAGAGAGUUCUUUGGUGUAUCAGGUGCCUAAUUUGUUGCCAUGGAAAAGGUCAUCGCAUUGGAGGAAUGUCAUUAGUAAUUCAGCUUGGGUUUCUGACAAAUCCAAAAAUACAAUCAGUAAGAAUUUGCUGGCCCAUACAAAAAGAGAUGCUAUUUACACGAGGUCCAAACAUGGUUUUUCUCUACGGAUAUCUAAGAUACUGAGUGUUGGUGGUUCCAGUUUGAAGUGGUCAAAAUCUAUUGAAAGAAACUCAAGAAAAGCAAAAGAGGAAGCUACAUUAGCAGUUGCUGCAGUAGAGAAGAAGAAAAGAGAACAAAACGGUGCUUCUGGUAUUGGUACAGGGACAAGGCGUAAAAAUCAUUCUCCUAGGAAGCAAGUAUUCAGGAUUGGCUCUUUCCGAUAUAAAAUGGAUCCAUCAAGACGAACACUGCACAGAAUUCCAGGUGAUUUAACAGGCUCAGGUGAGAAUCAUGCCGGGAAAGAUCAAAAAAUAUGUGGUGUUCCCAAGAGACUCCAAAUUGGCAAUAAUGAAUAUGUGCGCAUAGGAAAUGGAAACCAGCUUAUUCGAGAUCCGAAAAGACGAGUUAGGAUUUUAGCAAGUGAGAAAAUAAGAUGGAGUUUGCACACUGCCAGAUUGCGUUUGGCCAAGAAGAGCACAUAUUGCCAGUUCUUAACGAGGUUUGGUAAAUGUAACAAGGAUGGUGGAAAAUGCCCUUAUAUUCAUGACCCGUCUAAAAUUGCUGUCUGCACAAAAUUUAUAAAGGGUUCAUGCUCCAAUCCCAGCUGCAAAUUGACUCAUAAGGUCAUCCCUGAAAGAAUGGAAGACUGUUCUUAUUUUCUUCAAGGGUUAUGCUUCAACAAGGAUUGUCCUUACAGACAUGUAAAUGUGAACCCAAAUGCCCCAGCUUGUGAAGGCUUCCUUAGGGGCUAUUGUGUACAUGGAGAUGAGUGUCGAAAGAAGCACAGCUAUGUUUGUCCAGUCUUUGAAGCAACGGGUAGCUGUCCUCAAGGUACCAAGUGCAGGCUUCGUCAUCUGAAAAGGCGUUCCAAAGGGGGAGGAGGAAAGAAGAGGAAGAUCUCGAAAGAAUCAAACAAUGCUAAUAAAGGGCGAUACUUUGGGAAGAGUUGUAUUGAUGUUGUUUCUGUAGUUGGCGAGAAGACAACACAACCAAGCAAGAGGGAGGAUUGUAGAGAUGUUUUCUUUCAAGAAGGAAGAUUUGCUGAUUUUAUUAGCAUUGAUGUUAGUGAAGAUGAAGAUGAAGAAGUAGAUCAUAUGAUUGAGUCGUCAUGUUCUUCAGGGUUAUUAUUAUCUGGUGACUCAAUGGACUACAUUGAAGCACAAAUUAAACCAGAUUUUGUUCUGAAGAAGAGGAGAAGGCUUGACUUGGGAGGAAGCAAGCAAAGUGUCUCCGCAUUAGAAGAUAGGGCUGUCUAGAUUCAUAUUUUUAGUAGUUUUUUUUUUUUGCUCUUUUUUUUGGUGGGUGGGGUAUGGGUUGGUUUGGUGUUUAGCUUUAGGAUAGUGAAAAUACAUUUUAUUGUUUUUUUUAAGUACAUUUUAUUAUGGCUGAUUGAAUACUAUAUAGACCUUGUAAUACAUGUUAUGACAGAGAAGCAAACUUUUAUCAAUGAAAAUUGAAAUUUUCGUAU